AUGGCUGAAAAAUCAUCUUCAUCUGACACCACCAACAUCAACAAAUUGCUUGAACAGAUUCUCCUUGCUCAAGCAAAUUUUGCCAACACCUUACAUGAUAUCUCUAGCCGCACAUCCGCCUUGGAAUCCCAUUCAUCAUCCAACCCCCCUCCGCACCCGUCCACGAGACCCAUAAAAUUUGACCUCCCCACCUUUGAUGGCUCUGACGCACUGGGGUGGAUUUUCAAAGUAACCCAAUUCUUCGAGUUCCAUCAAACCCCCAUCGAUCAACGAAUUCAGGUUGCUUCAUUCUACCUCGUGGGUCCGACUUUGGCUUGGUUUCAGUGGAUGUUCAACAAUGGCUUGCUCACAUCUUGGGAAGCUUUCCUUCAUGCUCUUGAGCUUCGUUUUGCUCCAUCCAAAUUCGAAGACCUCAUUGCUGCCAUCUGCAAGCUUACACAGACUAGCACCCUCCAAGAGUAUCUUGCUGAAUUCGAAACACUUGAUAACCGCAUUUCUGAUCUUCCCCAAAGUUUUUACCUAAGUUGCUUUACCUCUGGCCUCAAGCCACACAUCCGUCGUGAGAUCUUGGCUCUACAACCAGCCGAUCUUCCCCAUGCCAUUGCUCUUGCGAAAUUGCAAGAUGACAAAAACCGCACCACACCUUUUCCAUUCUCACGCUUUGCUCGACCUUCACCACCUCCAACCCAACCACAAAUCCCUGCUCCUAAACCCCUUCCACCACUCCUACCCACACCUCCUACCAAGCUUCCCAUCAAACGACUCACCGAGGCCGAAAUGCAAGCUCGUCGUGACAAGAACCUCUGCUAUAAUUGCGACGAACGGUACACUCGAGGGCACCGUUGUAAACCGCAAUUCCUUCUUCUCACCACGGUGGACACCGAUGACCCUUCCGAGGAGCUUGUAGAGUUGGAUUCUGAUUCCACUACUGACCCACCGUUAGAAGCGGGCCUCAUAAGCCUUCACGCACUAUCGGGGCAAUGGAACCCACACACCUUUCGGGCUACUGGAUCCAUAAAUGGGUACAACGUGCAAAUAUUGGUGGAUAGUGGGACGACCCAUAACUUUAUCCAGACUCGUGUGGCCCAAUUUCUCCAGUUGCCUCUGGAACCUACAACUAGCCCAUUACAAGUAAUGGUUGGCAAUGGUGAUUUUCUUCCCUGUUCAUCAUUUUGUUCUCAGGCCCAGUUAACACUUGCAAACCAUACAUUUCCUAUUGACCUUUACCCUUUGGAGCUAUCAGGAACGGAUGUUAUUUUAGGUGUUCACUGGCUCUCAUUAGUAAGCCCCAUUGUCAUGGACUAUAAUGGACCAUUUAUGAGAUUUAUGUGGCAGGGCAAAUUGGUUCAGUUACAAGGGGACACUGGUCCAUCCCCCUCACCCAUUUCAGCCCACCAAUUGCGACGUCUCCAACACACUAACAGGAUUGCGGCUUUGUUCCAACUUUCCCUUAACACCACUGCUUCACCUUCUUCCCUUUCCUUCAAUGCUAUCCCUCUGCAAUCACCGCAAAACACCCACUCUCCUAUACCACCAACAUCUGAACCACGACUUGCUGCCCUCCUCCACCGCUACUCCACCCUUUUCUCUACCCCCACGUCCUUACCCCCCUCAAGGCAUAACGACCAUUCCAUCAACCUCCUCCCAAACACACCACCAAUCUCUGUUCGCCCAUACCGUUAUCCACAUUUUCAGAAACAGGAAAUUGAGGUCCAGAUACUUAUGAACCCAAAGGAUGCUUCCAAAACAGCCUUCCGCACACACAACGGCCAUUUUGAAUUUCGUGUCAUGUUGUUUGGACUGUGUAAUGCCCCCUCCACUUUCCAAUCUGCAAUGAACGAGCUGUUUCGUCCUCAUCUUCGCAGAUUCAUCAUUGUUUUCUUUGAUGAUAUAUUGGUUUACAGUCCCACCCUCGAGACCCACAUCACUCAUUUGGAAACUACCUUCCACCUACUGCUCUCUAACAGUUUCUACUUAAAGGGGAGUAAAUGUUUCAUUGGUCAACACACAAUCCACUACUUGGGCCAUGUAGUUUCUAAUCACGGGGUUCAGCCUGACCCUGACAAGCUCCAAGCAAUCAGAGAUUGGCCAGUUCCAACAUCCAUUAAGGCCCUCCGUGGUUUUCUGGGUUUGACCGGUUUCUACCGUCGGUUUGUCCCCGGUUAUGCCAAGAUAGCUAAUGCCCUCACUGAUCUGUUAAGAAAAGAUGCCUUCCUCUGGAAUGACCAAGCCCAACAGGCCUUCGACCAACUCAAGCUUGUCCUGAUAAGCUCACCUGUGCUAGCACUUCCUCGCUUUGACAGUGUCUUUACAAUUCAAACUGACGCCUCCGGCUCCGGUAUGGGUGCAAUUUUGUCACAAAACGGUCAUCCGAUCUCAUAUUUUAGUAAGCAAUUUUGCCCUAAACUCCGUCAUUCUUCCACCUAUAUACGAGAGUNAUGUGCAAUCACNAGUNCUGUGCAGAAAUGGCGGCAAUACCUCUUGGGUCGACACUUCAUCAUUCAGACAGAUCAACGUUCUAUAAAGGAACUUCUAUCCCAAACUGUUUUGACCCCAGAGCAACAGUCGUAUUUAUUUAAACUAUUAGGAUAUGAUUUUGAAAUCCAAUACAGGCCCGGAAAAAGCAAUACUGCUGCUGAUGCCCUUUCUCGAGUUGAAAGUUCUCAUUUGGAUACCUUCUUGGUCCUCUCUGUUCCUCAGCUCGACUUUCUUAAUGAUUUAAAGCAAUCAUUGUUUUCAAACUCAGAUUUCACUGCCAUGAGGGACAACAUACUGGCCAAACCGAGUGAUUUUCCACUAUAUUCACUACACGGAGAGUUGAUUACCUUUAAGGACAAAAUUUGGUUACCAUCUUCCUGUGCACUAAUCCCUCUUUUAUUGCAGGAAUAUCACUCCUCUCCUAUGGCAGGUCAUACAGGAGUCACACGAACUCUGGGGCGUUUGAUGGCAAAUUUUUACUGGCCCUCCAUUCGCAAGGAUGUCCAAUCCUUUAUCAAUAAAUGUGUUACUUGCCAACAGACCAAGAUUCCAGCACAGAAGCCUUCGGGUCUUCUUCAACCCAUUCCUUCGCCGUCACAAUGCUGGGAGGACCUUUCCCUUGAUUUUAUUGUAGGUCUUCCUGCCUACAAGGGGUACACAACCAUCCUUGUGGUGGUUGACCGUUUUUCGAAGGCUACCCACUUCGGAAUGCUUCCUCGCUCCUUCUCUGCCACUCAAGUCGCUGACGUCUUCGUCAAUAUCGUGUGCAAACACCAUGGCCUUCCCCGCAGUCUGAUUUCGGAUCGUGAUCCGAUAUUUUUAAGUCAAUUUUGGCGGGAUCUCUUCAAACUUAGCGACACAAAGCUUCAGAUGUCAACUGCUUAUCACCCACAGAGUGAUGGCCAAACGGAGGUAGCUAACAAAGUCCUUCAACAAUACCUCUGUUGUUUUGUCCACCAUCGACCCUCAUUAUGGGGGAAAUUCUUGGCUUGGGCCGAAUGGAGUUUUAACACAGCCAUCAAUGCAUCCACAGGUCUCUCCCCAUUUGAGUCUGAAUUAGCCACUAGAGCAGAUAUUUUGCAGAAACUGGAGCGCAAUCUUGCAAAGGCGCAUGCUUCUAUGAAAAAAUGGGCUGACACUAAUCGCAAGGACAUUCAAUUUAGCGUGGGUGAUUAUGUUUAUGUGCGACUCCGUCCCCGCAGGCAAGCUUCUGUUGCUGGUCCUUACAUUACCAAACUCCAAAAGUGUUUUUUUGGCCCUUUUAAAGUCACCAACAAACUUGGGGCAGUCGCAUAUGAAUUGGAACUUCCCCCCUCUGCUCGAAUUCACAAUGUCUUUCACGUUAGCUUCUUACGCCCACACAAAGGCCCUCUUCCCAAUUCACCACUCCAGCUUCCUCCCGAAAUUGACGAGCAUCAGCCCAUAUUGGAACCCGCGGCUAUUCUAGAUUGGAAGUGGGAUAAUUCUACCUCCGACCCUCAAAUACAGGUCCUCAUACAGUGGUUGGGAUUACCCCUCGAGGAAGCAACUUGGGAGCCUUGGCAAGUCAUUAAGUCACAAUUUCACCUUGAGGACAAGGUGACUCUUGAACCCGCAGGAGAUGUAAGGAUCACUGGGCCAAUUACACUAAUUCCCUCUAAUGAGCCCACUACAGUAGCAUCAUCACAGUUGGGCCAUUCCACUGAUUUUGAGACUGUAUUUGGAAGGACUAGUAAAAGGCAGCCUCAGCAACCUCAACACUUUAAGGAUUACGUGGUGACUCUGCCCCAUGUACGUGAGAAAGGAAAAUCCGUUAGGAAUGAUUAG